CGGGCGGCGGGCGCGGUUCAGAGAGCAUCUACUGUCACUUGUGCAUCCCAUAUUCUCGUGACUCCUACGUAAAAGGGCACCAGGAGAUGCUUCAGUGGCGAGACCUCUUUGACAAUGCAAGUUAGGAAUGAAAUCCAUUAACUAACAUCCCCUUCCUCACCCUGAUCUCCAACAGACUUCCUGGAACGCUGGGAAGAAAAGGGUCAGGGGAGAAGGGUGGAAGGGCACCAUGAAGCUGAAGCAGCGGGUUGUGCUGUUGGCCAUCCUCCUCGUCAUCUUCAUCUUCACCAAGGUGUUCCUCAUCGACAACCUGGACACCUCGGCUGCCAACCGGGAGGACCAGCGCGCCUUCCAGCGCAUGAUGGCCGGGCUGCACGUGGAGCUGGACCCGCGGCUGGAGCACACGCUCCAGUCCCCCUGGGAGAUCGCGGCCCAGUGGGUGGUGCCCCGGGAGGUGUAUCCCGAGGAGACCCCCGAGCUGGGGGCUGUCAUGCACGCCAUGACCACAAAGAGAAUCAUCAAAGCCGACGUGGGAUACAAAGGGACGCAGCUGAAAGCUUUGCUAAUACUUGAAGGAGGGCAGAAGGUUGUCUUCAAACCCAAGAGAUAUGCCAGGGAUUAUGUAGUGGAAGGAGAGCCCUACGCUGGCUACGACAGGCACAACGCAGAAGUGGCAGCCUUUCACUUGGAUAGAAUCCUGGGGUUCCGACGGGCCCCGCUGGUGGUUGGCAGGUUUGUGAACCUCCGCACAGAGAUCAAACCAGUGGCCACGGAGCAGCUCCUGGGCACCUUCAUGACUGUGGGCAAUAACACCUGCUUCUAUGGGAAGUGCUACUACUGUCGGGAGACAGAGCCAGCGUGUGCAGACGGGGACAUCAUGGAGGGGUCGGUGACCCUGUGGCUGCCGGACGUGUGGCCUCUCCAGAAACACCGGCACCCCUGGGGCAGGACCUACCGGGAAGGCAAACUUGCCAGGUGGGAGUACGACGAGAGCUACUGUGAUGCUGUGAAGAAAACCUCCCCCUACGACUCGGGCCCUCGGCUCCUGGACAUCAUCGACACGGCCGUCUUCGACUAUCUGAUCGGGAAUGCCGACCGGCACCACUACGAGAGCUUCCAGGAUGAUGAGGGAGCCAGCAUGCUCAUCCUGCUGGACAAUGCCAAAAGCUUUGGAAACCCUGCCCUGGAUGAAAGAAGCAUCUUGGCUCCUCUUUAUCAGUGCUGCAUCAUCCGGGUUUCCACCUGGAACAGGCUGAAUUACCUGAAGAACGGGGUGCUGAAGUCUGCCUUAAAAACGGCCAUGUCGCAUGACCCCAUCUCCCCUGUGCUCUCCGACCCUCACCUGGACGCCCUGGACCAGCGGCUCCUCAGCAUCCUGGCUACAGUGAAGCAGUGCACAGACCAGUUUGGGCCAGAUGUGGUGCUGGUGGAAGACAGGAUGACUCUGUCUCACUUGUAAUUGUAGCGGAACACGGAUGGAAAUCCUUUUUUUAAAAAAACAAACAAACAAAAAAGCGAUAGAAAAACAGCACAAUCAGUUCAGAAGGGCUGUGGCCAAGAUGGACUGACAUGAACAGGAAGGCUCCCGAGCCAGAGGAAUGGAGGUGACAGUGGCUUUUUCUGUGGGCUGGCAGCAGUGAGAGGUGGGAGCUGGGCCCUUGGAUGGCUCAGCACCUGGAAUGGCAUCUUGGCCGUGGUGGCGUGUCCAUUGCCGGCAGUGGGCACUGCACUGGGUGAAAAUGGCUCUUGGUGUUGGUGGGAGUGCGUGGAAUACAGACACUAAUUUGUGAACUGAAUCCAGAGGGGACAAAUGGAGAUGAACAGUACAGUCCUCUCCCCUUCUCUUCCCCCAGGAUACUCUGGCGAGUUUGUCUGAUUCAGGGUUGUACACAAUCAGCUGUGAGCUGGUUGGGCAUUUUACUGCUUCUCUAGAGAACGAGGAAAGGGUGAAUAAAAUAAUUAUUAGACUGAAGAGUUGUGCCACCCCCCCGGGGGUGGGAUGUUCUUCCAAAUGCCAUGAGGGUGGGAGAGGGGACCUCUGCUGCUCACUUGGCUUUUCCUCGAUAAAAGACUGGGAAAGGGGUUUGCCUCAUAUGUGAUAAUGCUUCAGUGUUUUGGCUGAAGUCCUAUCAAAGAUUUAUCCACAGGGUUGGAGAUUUAGGAGAGGACAGGGUGGUUAUACAGCACUUGAUAAUUAAGGGGUUAUCAUAAGUUUCCAUGUGUCCUGUCACUGUUUUUUAAGGAAUCUGGCAAGGUCUGAGUGGAGAAAAUAUCCUUGCUGUCCUGUGUCCGUAUUAAAACCCGAACUUCCAUUCUGUUGUAGCUGAGGAGGAGGACAGGAUCUGUCCUUGGAAGCAGGUUCUGCGUAGCAAGGUCAUGCCGCUUACUGUGAGCCCUGUGGUAUGUGGGGCCUCUGGGCAUGUUGGGCUGAGGAAAGAGGUGUUUGCUGGGCUUCCCGAGUUACCAGAAGUAACCUGAAGAGUGGAGAGAGCCCUGAGCUGUGGUGGUUGUUCUCCAUCUCAUCUGAGAGAGCUUCCUGCUGCUCCGUGUGACCACAGCUCAGCGCUGCUGCUCUGUGCAACACCAGCUGCUCGGUCCCACCGUUCACCUGGUCUGGCUGUGGCUGAGCUCAGAAGUUGUGAGCCCUUCCAGAAAGUUUUCUGCCUUCCCAGCAACUGCCACUGCGAUGUUCUGCCUGGGAUGGUCAUCCUGGGGUCCUCACUGAUGGUUUUGCUGUAGGUAGGGAAGAGUUGGUGCAGGUUGGCUUUCCAGGGCAGGCUUGCAGCACUCGUCUUGUGCCAGUCCUGUCAUCCUUCAGCACUUCAGCCUGUGCUGCCCAUGAGCUUGUGGCCAUAGAACCUGUCACCUUGGGAUAAGAAUCUGUGUCUCCAGAAGGAAAGCAGCUUUGUCGCUGUUUCCAAAUUGAACAGCUUUGCGUCGGUGCUCAGUUCAGCCAAAUGGUCCUUAAUGUAAGGAGAGAGCUCCCUUCCCAAAGUGAUUAUGGAUUACUGGAUUUGUGAGCAAGGGCAGCAAAAUGUCAGUUAAAGCCCUUUUCCUUGAUUUGUCUGUCAGGAUCUCUUUAGCUCUGCAGUGUGGUGGGCAAGGAGAGAGCUGUUUCCUGUUCUUGCACCCAGGCCACACCUGAUCCAAGAACGUCAGGGAGAGAGUUUAUCUGAAAAAUUCAGGUUUAUUUUGUUAAAGUCUUUUUCUUCCUUCAUGAGCAGAGUAUCUUGAAAGCAGAACGUAACUGUUUACCUGAGACUGAAUUUUAUGUUCUUCUGUCUCUCUUCUGGACUUGGACACAUCACAGACCUGCCCCAGAGGUGAUGGGAUGGAGAUAUUUGACUCUGGAGUUAUUUAUUGGAGUUACUAGUCAGGAGGGUAAUGCACAGCCAGCUCUGAGGACACUGGUGAGAAGCUUGUGCCUCUUUAUCAUUGUACUUGACAACAGAACACGCUGUGGAAGCUGUGGGUGGUGCCUUAGAGGUGCCCAUGGGGCAGGAGCGAGUGCUGGCAUCAGCUGUUCCCCAGGAAAUUUCAGAUGAUUUACCCACAGGGGAGAUGGUGAAGCACAUGGUGGUGGCUUGUAGCAUUUCUAAAAGCUUGUUCUUCUCUUUGAGCUUAAUCGUGAGCUCUUAGUAUUUUGGGAAGGAUCUACCAAAAUUUGAAGUUUUGAUUUCUAUGUGAUCACUCUUGAUAUAAUAAUGGAUUCAAAAAUUGAUUUAAUAAUGGAUUCAGAAAAAGGUCUUUCUGUCUUUGAGAUUAAAUUGGUUGAGAAUUUACGUAUUGCUCUAAGUUGAAACUUUUGCUGUCAAAUGGAACAUGGGGAUAAGUUUUUCCCCAGUAUGAAUGUCAAAGAUUUAAAGCAGGGUAUUGGUUUAUUUUGGUUUACUUGUGAACAAAGGGCGUGAAGUCCGGCAUCGUCAGUAGGAGGAAGCAAGAAAUGGUUGGGUUUUUUGGGUUUGCUUUUUUCUUUGUGAUAUUGAUGCUUCUGGUUGCUGUAAACACUCCUGGAGGUUGGUGUUCUGCAGCAGGAAAGAAGAAUAAAUUCCUCCCUUAGCCAAAAUCAGGGAGAUGUGAUUUUGGCCUUGCGAUAAUUUCUGCCCUUUGGGCAGCUGUCGCUGUUUUGCUUGAAUACAGAACCCUGAGAAAUUUUAGAUUGUAACCAUUGGAAGGGAAAUGAGGAGCAGCAUCCAGGUGCCAACAGGGUCUGCUUGAAUCUCUGACAAACAACAUGGUUUGUGAGGCAGGUGCUGUGCUCUGUCAGUGAGGUUUUCAUGACACCUUCUGAUCCUUGUUCGCUGUGCACGCUGUCAUCCGCUGGCCCCAGAUGUUACACAGUGGCUGUGUUGUGGAGAUUGGUGAUACCAGAGCGCCUGAAGCACAGAAAUCAAGAACUAAUUAAAGAGAGAGCACCAUCAGCCAUCUGCUAUUCACCUCCUCCCGCCUGAGUCAGCCGUGGGGUGGAGGAGACACUCGAGCCGGCUCCUCUUCCAGCAGCUGACGAACUGGAGUGUGUCUUGCCAAACAAACUUCAACUGAAAAAUACUAAUUUAUUAAGAAGGUAAUUUAUUUGCUGCGGCAGCUGGAGCAAGAUGCUGGAAACAGACACCCCUGUCGGAGCUGUCAGAGGAUGCCCCUGGGAGCUGCUGCACAAAUGGAGGUUGCUAAUGAGCAAACAGAACGUUAUCAUGACUUUCUACUUGUAUCCCCCGGGGUCAGAUCCCACAUAAAGCAACAUUGUGUGAAUAAAGAUUUUAAUAAAGCA